GCAAACCGACCGGUACGUCACUCUCGCGGCCGUAUGCCCGCUCGCUAUACAUAGUUAGCAUCUAUGUCAAUCUUUUCAACAGUGUAUAAUCUAUGUUCCGGGCGCUUCCGUUUUGAGUGUGAAUAGCGUGCGCCCGCGUCUAAAUGUAAUUAUUGUUUAAAAUUGAAAAUUGUUUGUGAUAAAGGAAGAUUAAAAUUCGAAAUUCGAUAUUGGUGACUAACCCAUAGUUUUAAAUACCCCUGAGAUCUACCCCUCACUAUAUCUGGCUGCCCAACGUUUCCUAAUUUUUUUCUUGCUUGGACUAACAAAAUGGCGCGCACGCUUUUGUGAAAAUUUUGCUAACUAUUGUAUGCUGUUGGUGCUUAAUUGUAAAGAAUGCCUUUAACUAGAAAUCAAGAUCGCCAGCAACGUCGCGAAGACGACGUUAUUCCUGCUGCAGAUGCAAAUGCCAACGAAAAUCACGAGGAGCAUGAUAGCCCCCAUGAUCGCCCCCACGCCGAAUCACGUAGCAACAAUUCUACGUUCAACUUGGAUGAUGUUUCAGCGUUGAUGGCCUCGCUGCAACGUUCGCAGGCCGAAACAUUUAAGAACAUUAUGUCGUACGUGAUGGAACAAAGAUCGUCGACUCCGGCACCUCCGCCGAUGCCCCCAGUGAACGUAGAUGGUACCUUGGCGCGUUGCAGAGCUUCUUUCAGCGGUGCACCUGGUGAAUCUGUUGAGGCCUUUAUAGAUGCAAUUGAAAGCUAUACAGAAUGCGUUCAAGUAUCUGACGCUAACAUCAUACGAGGCCUAGCCAUGCUUUUGUCUGCUGAUGCAGCUACGUGGUGGCUAGGAUUAAAGCAUCACAUCUCCACUUGGAACGAAGCCAAAGAAAAUUUAAUAUAUGCAUAUGGCACCCGCCUUCCACCACAUAGAAUAUAUUUGGAAAUAUUUGCUUCCCCGCAGGAUAAAGAAAACACAGACAAGUUUGUUGCUCGUAUUCGUGCGCUUAUGGCAAAGCUACCGCGGGAUGAUAUUACUGAAAAAGUACAACUUGAUAUGAUAUACGGGUUGCUUCAUAAUAGAAUACGCACAAGAUUGCGCCGUGAAGAAAUCACAUCUUUCAAUUCAUUAUUAAACCAUGCUCGGAAUAUAGAAGAUUCGAUAGAGGAGACUCAAUCGAGACCAGUGUCGUCCACUAGUGGUGUGCGUUCGAUCCGUGCCCAGCCGGCCCAGGCUGCGAGUCGGCCUGAACCGUGCGCCGCUCGUGUGAGUGCCCCGGCGCCGCGCGCGCGCUUUCCAAACUCCGCCGCGGCCGUCGUGCCCGCCACCGCUGUGCCUGUCGCUGUCGCCCAGCCUGCCGCUGCCACGCCUGUCGCUGCUGUGCCAGGUUCUGCAGAGCAAUUCGUGACCACGAAGAAACAGCGUCCAGUGUGCUCCUACUGCAAACGGUUUGGACAUGCACGGGAACAGUGCCGUAAGUUAAACAACCGAGGUGAGCAAAGUCAAUCUAACUUUUCCGAGGGUGUGCAAAAUGACAAUAAUGCGUUUUAUAGUGUUCAGUGUAAUGUUAAUAAUACUAACACAAUUAGUUCUAAUUUACCUGUUCAGAAUGCAAUGUAUGAUGUUAAGCAGCAUGACAAAAAUAAUUUUCUGAGUAAUUUUGAAUGUCAAAAUUUUUGUAACCGGGAUGCAAAUAUUAAUUAUGCUACCAUUAACAGAGGCCCUACUUCCAGAAAAUCUUAUUUUCAUGCCUGUAAUGAUUCUGUGUCAAAGAAUAUUAACUGUAAUUGCACUAGUAAUAAUGAGAUGCCAACCUUUUGUGAUUCUCAUGUUUUAUAUAAUCAGGAUGUUCGGACAAAGUGUAAAAAUUUAAAUAUUUGUUAUAACCAGGGAACUAGACCUAAAUGUAAGAACUCAAUUUUACCUUAUAAUCAAAUAAUUGAACCAAAUUGUAAUAAUUUAAAAUUUUCAACUAACCAUGACUGUGACACAAAAGGCAGUAAGUGUAAUUUUGGAAAAAUUAACGAAUGUGUGGAAAUUGAUAAUUGUUUGAAUUUUAAUUAUUGUACAUGUGAGGGAAGUGUUGUAGCGUCCGUGUACGACCGUGAGAGUGAUGAUAGGUAUUUGCAUUUACGGCCUAUUUUCAAAAUUCAAGUUCUCGGUAAACAGGGUACUGCACUUAUAGAUACAGCAGCUAAGCAUUGUAUUGCUGGUCACACACUGUAUGCUCUCCUUCUGCAUAAGGGUCACCCUCUUACUCCCUCCACUAGGCGAGUCAAACUUGCUGAUGGGCAUGUUCGGAAUAUGGAUGUAUUGACAACCAUAUUACCAGUGAGGUUAGAACACAUAGUGAUUAACAUUCCAUUUAUAAUCUUCCCUGAUUCUAAUGAUAAUGAAACUCUAUUAGGUAUUGAUUUUAUUAAUGCUGCCAAAGUUAUUAUUGAUUUUCAUCGUCAUGAAUGGUAUUUUAGUACUGAUGCUAAGGUGCAUUAUAAAUUACUUUUUGAACCUAUGUCUCGUGGUGUGUGCACAGCUUCUGCUAACAUGCUUCGGGAUGAUGAAGGCAUGCACUUGCAAUCAGCUGAGCGCCAAGCAUUGUCUGAGUUCCUUAUUCGGCAUGAAAGUAUUUUUACAGCAGGGGGAGGUCCGACAACAUUCAUAGAACAUUGCAUAGACACCGGAGAUCACCCCCCGAUAGCUGUGCCGCCCUAUCGCCUUAACCCUUCCAAGAAGGAGACGAUGAAGAAUGAAAUAGAGAAGAUGCUGGCAGAUGACAUCAUUGAAGAGUGCGAAUCCGCCUGGUGCUCUCCUGCAUUGAUGAUACCGAAGUCCAAUGGUAAUGUAAGAUUCUGCGUGGAUUACAGGCGCUUAAAUGAAGUAACCAAAUCGGAUACUUACCCACUCCCACGCAUUGAUGAUCUUCUCCAGAGUACGAAGAAGAAUUGUUACAUGACCACAAUAGACCUUCGUUCUUCAUAUUGGCAAGUUAUGGUCCGAGAAGCAGACAGAGACAAAACAGCUUUUGUCUGCCCCCUAGGCACUUACCGUUUUAAAAGAAUGCCGUUCGGCUUGAAGAAUGCGCCGGCGACUUUCCAAAGGCUUAUUGAUCGUCUACGCUCCUGUGCUGCUUUGAAGGAUGUUACAGUACUUGCUUAUCUAGACGAUUUGUUAAUUAUUUCAGAAGGAUUCCAGCAACACCUACAAGACCUGGAAGCUGUUUUUAGACGUCUGUCUGAAUUUAAACUUCACGUAAACAGAGAGAAGUGCACUUUUGCCAAAGAAAGGGUCCGUUAUCUGGGCCACGUCAUCACUCCAGACGGUGUGUCUCCUGACCCUGAGAAGGUCAGUGCUGUCCUUAAUAUGCUGGAACCAUCUAACCUAAAACAUUUAAAAACUUUUCUCCAAACAUGCUCUUGGUUCAGGAAGUUUAUUCCAAACUUUUCAAAGAUAGCAGAACCGCUUACUCGACUAACCAAGAAGAAUUACACAUGGAGCUGGGGACCUGAACAAACACAGGCAUUCAAAGAAUUGAAGCGUCUGCUGACCACGGCGCCCGUACUUGUUCAAGCGAAUUUUAAACAACCCUUAGUACUGCGUACCGAUGCGAGCAACUAUGCACUUGGCGCAGUUUUAGCUCAAGGGGAAGGCAAGGACGAAAGACCUAUCGAGUAUGCUAGCCGCCUACUCACCGCAGCGGAGCGCAACUACUCUACUACAGAACGGGAAGCGCUUGCUGUAGUCUGGGCCGUGGAGCGUUUCAGGCCAUACCUCGACGGCCAACCAAUUAUUAUAGGCAGUGACCACCAACCCUUGCGUUGGUUGCUUUCUUUAAAGUCUCCUGCUGGUAGGUUGGUCCGUUGGGCGCUUAAACUCCAAGAAUUUGACAUUAGAUUCGAGUACACCCCAGGAAAAGCUAACGUUGUCGCUGACACGUUAAGUAGACCGAUCUGUUCCAACGAAACACAAAAUAACUGCGGCAUCUGUUCUGUCAUUUGCGACCUGCCCACCAAGUCACCUACCCAGUUACGUCAAGACCAGUUGACUGAUCCGGAAAUACAGAAGAUCGUCACAGAACUGGAAGGAGUGGAUGAACUUGCUGCUAAAAGAUGGUCAGAAAGAGGAUUUCUAAUGGAACAAGGUGUUUUAUAUCGACUUAAUCCGGAUUCUGAUGCCGAGGCUCCACAAUUAGUCAUUCCUGCCCAUCAAGUGACCGACAUUCUCAAAGAGCUUCACGAUGCCCCUACCGCUGGACAUGCAGGAAUUGACCGGACUUACCAACAAGUCUCACGUCUGUUCUACUUCACAGGAAUGAGAAGAAUCAUAACCGACUAUGUAAAGGCAUGUAUCCAUUGUCAACGCUAUAAGGCUGCUAAUACCAAGCCUCCAGGUCUAUUGCAGACGCCGGUGAUGAACCAGCGCAACGAGGUCUUGGCAGUUGAUCUUUUCGGCCCGUUGCCACCUGGAAAACAGGGGGAGCGUUGGAUCUUGCUUAUAGAAGAUACUGCUACGAGGUGGACAGAACUUUUCCCAUUGAAGGAAGCUACUGCUGAGGCGUGUGCACAUGUCCUCAUAGAGGAGUAUUUUAUGAGAUUUGGUCUUCCACGCCGACUAGUUUCUGAUAAUGGCGUACAAUUUAUUUCGGCAGUCAUGCGUCAAUGCAUGUCCAUCCUGGGGAUAAAGCAAAACCUUAUCCCUCUCUAUCACCCAGAAGCAAACCCCGCCGAACGUAAAAACAGAGAUUUUAAGACUUUAUUAGCACAACUCGUGGAAUGUGACCACACUUCCUGGCCAAACAUGUUACCAGUGAUUCGAUUCGCUCUUAAUAACGCUAAAUGUCGCACCACAGGUAUGUCACCUGCUUACUUGUCAUUUGGCAGAGAGAUGAGGUCCCCCACAGAAGUCGCCCAUGACCUUCGUGCUGUUCUAGACAAAGAUAACUUUGUUCCCCAAAUAACUCCCUAUCUCAGGAAAUUUGUUAACUCCUUUUCAGCGGUGCGCGAACGUGUAGAGACGCUUCAAGAUAAAGCUAAAGGGUAUGCUGAUCGUUCGAGACGGCCCAUUGAAACAUUCAACGAAGGUGACAUGGUUCUCAUCAAAUCACAUGUCCUCAGUAAGAGCGCUAAUGGCCUUACUUCUAAGUUUGUUCCAAAACGCGAUGGUCCGUAUCGCAUCGUUAAAAAGGUCAGCCCUACUACUUACCACGUCGCGCAUGUUGACAAACCUGAUGAAGUUUUAGGGAAAUAUCAUGUGAACGAUCUCACUCUAUACCGUGAGAAUCAGAGUGAUGCUCUUCCGCGGCCGGUGAUGCCUAAAAAGAAACGUGGUCGUCCCCCAAAUAAUGUUAAAACAGAUUCUCGAGUUCCAGGGCAUAUGACGACACGGCAUGCUGAACCAUGUGCUGAAGCUCCACGUCUUUCUCCCGCAGCUGGUGGUAUGGUUGGUCUUGCGCCUGUCCCUCAGCCCAGUAGUAAUGAGAUGCUAGUCCAGGAGCGAGGGCGUCCUCCAGGACUAGAGGGGGAGUAUGUAGCAAACCGACCGGUACGUCACUCUCGCGGCCGUAUGCCCGCUCGCUAUACAUAGUUAGCAUCUAUGUCAAUCUUUUCAACAGUGUAUAAUCUAUGUUCCGGGCGCUUCCGUUUUGAGUGUGAAUAGCGUGCGCCCGCGUCUAAAUGUAAUUAUUGUUUAAAAUUGAAAAUUGUUUGUGAUAAAGGAAGAUUAAAAUUCGAAAUUCGAUAUUGGUGACUAACCCAUAGUUUUAAAUACCCCUGAGAUCUACCCCUCACUAUAUAUUAUAAUUUUGCAGGUUUGAUUUUUAUUACCCGAUGUUAUUCCUUCACCGUGGAAGUCAAUAGUGAACAUUUGUUAAGAACGUAUUUCAUUUCGCUAGAUACGAAUGCAUCGGACGUCUUAUCUUUUAGGCCACGACGACUAUAAAAUUUAAUAGAACAUAAAAAUGAAUAUAAGAAUUUCCUUUCCUCGAGAUCAGAAUGUUACGACUUGAAUUUUUUAUUGCGUGUUGCAUUCUUUUCAAAGUUUGUAACUCUCUCUAAUUCUAAACACUGAGCUGGCAAAAUCACUCGGUGUGAUAAAACAAUUGUAACCUCAAAACUAUUAUAACGAUAAAUGACUAAGAUAACGAUAAAUCAGUUUUAUCUUAUCAAUGAAAUUUUAAAACACUUUCCGAACAAAUUUUUUAUUUGUAGAUGUUGUAAUUCUUCAUUUAGUUCACAUUCAAGGAACAAUGUUUGCUUUGGAGAGGGCCAGAUAUGUGUUAUUUGAAUCUAUUAAUCUAUAUAAUUAUCUAUAUACUGUGGCUCCCUGUCAUUUAGAUGGUACAGGGUGGCCCAUAAGUCCUUUGAUAUGAAAAAAAAUGUAUUAAAAUAAAACUAAUUACAUUAUGAAUUAAAUUUUUAUUUACAUAAAAAGCUUAAAAAACGGGAAUUAUUUUUUGAAAAUAACAUCUCCUAAAUGUAAUCCGUUGCGAUCACGGCACUCUUGCAAACGACGUCUAAAAUUGUCGAUGACUGCGCGGCACGUCACUGCUGAAAUGCUUGUCAUUUCUCUGCGGAUGUUUUCUUUUAGGGCCUCAAUUGACCGCGGGUUUGUGUCGUAUACUUUAGCCUUAAGGUAGCCCCACAAAAAAAAAUCCAUCGGGGUCAGAUCUGGACUACGUGGAGGCCAGGAAAUGUCUCCUCUCUUAGAGAUAACUUUGCCAGGAAAAAGUUGACGGAUAACGGGCAUAGCAGUGUUAGAGGUGUGAGAAGUGGCCCCAUCCUGUUGAAACCACGUCCUGGCAUUAAAGCCUGAAAAGUUUUGCAAUUCUGGUAUGAAAAACUCUUCGAUCAUAGCCACAUAUCGCUCCGACGUAACAGUAACUGCGCGCCCUCUGCCAUCCUCAAAGAAGUAAGGCCCUAGGAUACCAUGGGCUGACAUAGCGGCCCAAACAGUCACUUUCGGACUAUGUAAGGGCUUGUGAUGCUUAAGUUUUGGAUUGAUGGGGCUCCAAUAGCGGCAAUUUUGUUUACUAACAUGCCCGUUAAGAUGGAAAUGAGCCUCGUCAGAGAACAUUAUGUUAUUGAAGGAAGUAAACCGAUUCAACAUUUCAUUCGCAUAAUUUUGUCUUUGAAUACCGUCAGUUUCCUUUAAUUCUUGAACCAACUGAAUUUUGUAAGGGUGCAUAUGUAAAUCUUUCUUCAAAAUCCGUUGUAACGAUGUCCUGGAUACGUUUAAUGCUCUGGCGCGCUUACGAGUUGACUGUGUCGGAUUUUCGCGAAUAGACUGUGUCACUGUGUCUAUGUUUUGUUCCGUACGUGACGUCCUUGGGCGAUCCAACCGCGGUUUAUCUAACGUCGAACCGGUCUCCUCGAACUUAGCAACCCAGUUCUUAAUCGUUUGAAGAGUUGGAGUGUCGUCAAAGUUGUGUAAACCUUUGUGUUCUCGAAAUUUACGCCGCGCAACGGUUGCCGAAUUGUCGUUUUUAUAAAACUCGCGCACACAAAACGCACGGUCCGCUCCGGUAAAACGCUCCAUCGCGACUAAAUUCCCAAAAACCGAAGUUACUCCCCCCGCUUCCCCUGCACCGCUCACGCGCGCCCUGUUCGUUUUAUUCAAAUUUUACUUUUCAAAGGACUUAUGGGCCACCCUGUACUUCGUCCCGCCCCGGUUCAGCUGCAGCUUCAGCAGAAAUUACAAAAAAGCGGAAGUAUUCGGGUUUGGGGUCUUCUUAUUCUUUUUUGCCUUUCGCGGUUGAGACGAUGGGCCCUUGGGGCCCUGAAGCAAAGAAAUUUUUUACAGAAAUCUCCAAACGCUUGAAGGAGGUUACACAUGAUGCUAAGGCUGGCUGGUACUUUGCACAGAGAGUGAGUCUGGCUGUCCAACGAGGCAACGUAGCCAGUAUCUUGGGGACUGUGCCUCCUUCAAGCGCGUUGGAAGAUCUGUUCUACUGUGUGGGUUGAGUUAUGUUAAAUUAUUUUGAUUUGACUUUUUUUUUGAAUCUAUUAAUCAGAAUUUUACUACAAUAUAUAAUUCCAUAAUCUACGGAUGUUAAGGUUUAAUGGAAAUGAUGAUAUUUUCAACUAGCUUUUGCCCGCGACUCCGUCCGCGUGGAAUAGUGAAUUUGGCAUAACGCUAAAUUUUACCCCCACUUCAUUUACGUAGAAAGUGAAACAAAAUUUGAAUUAUAGAAUGUUAAGGAGCUAUUUAAACCCCUAUAUUGAAACAUUCUUUAUUGGUGCUCCAAUUGUAUUGAUCUUACCGUGAUGUUAUAUUAUAGCCUUCCUCAAUAAAUGGGUUAUCUAAUACUGAAAGAUUUUUUCAAAUCGGACCAUUAGUUCCUGAGAUUAGCGCGUUCAAACAAACAAACUCUUCAACGGAGAGUCAAAUCUGGAUCUACCAGAAACUGCCUUCAUAGUUUUAUAUUGCUAAACUUUAAAUUGCGUCUGGAACCGCUGCGUUCAUCGACAGUGCGUUUCCAGAGGUCUUUUUUUUUGCCACGUACCAUCCGGCUAUGGAAUGAGCUCCCCUCCACGGUGUUUCCUGAGCGCUAUGACAUGUCCUUCUUUAAAAGAGGCUUGUGGAGAGUAUUAAACGGUAGGCAGCGGCUUGGCUCUGCCCCUGGCAUUGCUGAAGUCCAUGUGCGACGGUAACCACUCACCAUCAGGUGGGCCGUAUGCUCGUCUGCCUACAAGGGCAAUAAAAAAAUUUAUAAAAAAGUAUAUUUUAACUAGAACGAGUGGGUGAUUGGGCUUGAGGACUCAGCCGAGGAGUUGAAGAAGGAGGUUUGUUAACCACUAGCUGAGCGUCCCUUAAUCGGCUAUCAGUUCGAGGUCAGCUCGGUGAUGUUCCCACCACCAAAUUGGCAUAAUAACUUACUGGGAAGAUCCAGCGAGAGGCUUAGCUGGCUGCCGCAUCGAACUCUUCGGCGAACAUGUCGCACUGUGAUUUGGCUGCUGCUAGCGUUAGAACUACUACUUUACUGGUGGUAGGACCUCAUGUGAGUCCGCACAGGUAGGUACCACCACCGCGCCUAUUUCUGCCGUGAAGCAGUAAUGCGUUUCGGCUUGAAGGGUGGGGCAGCCGUUGUAACUAUAUUGAGACCUUACAACUUAUAUCUUAGAUGGGUGGCGCAUUUACGUUGUAAAUGUCUAUGGGCUCCAGUAACCACUUAACACCAGGUGGGCUGUGAGCUCGUCCACCCAUCUAAGCAAUAAAAAAAGCAGCAUCCAUCAGCACUGAGAGUGGAUCAGGCGCAUUACAUGUUACAUUGCUGUCGUGAAGUAUUAUUCUGGCAUCGUCUAUAUACUUACGGAUGAGUUCGAGAUCUAGAACGUCUUGAAGAUCUACAUUCGUCGUGUGCCAUGUUGCUUUAAAGUCUAAUCUACGGAAGCGAGAUUGAAGACUUUGGAGGGAGAUAAGGUGGGUGCGAGCCGCAUGAACGAAUAUCUCACUUGCAUAAGUGAUUUGACGUUAUGACAUGAUAUUGAAAUCUUAAUUAUAGGUAAUAACUUAAGGUAAUAAUGGCAAACAAGAAAAUGCUUUGUAUCAAAAAUUAAUCAGUAUAGUUUUUUCUCCUCCCUAUGCUGAUAGCCUUGAGAGGCUAUUUCAGCUUCACCCUAACGUGUAGGUGAGCUCACGAGGCUCAAACCGGAAGUGUUGCUAACACUGGUCCUAGCAAGAGCAGUGCUUCGCAGAAUCUACCACCAAAUCGGAAACGCGACCCACUGAGAAGAUCCGGCGAGAAACUCAGUGGGCUUCAGUGUGGUAUUCACCUAUUUAAAACAAUAUAAUUUGAAAAGAAACUUACCAAUAACAGUGUCAUUUCGGACGUCUGCGAACUUAUCAUCGAUGCUGCGGAAUUCAGGUAUAGUACUGACGCAUGUAAUUUCAAGCCUUCCCGUUGCCACUAAUUGCAGUUCCGAUAUGGUCACAUAUAAAUCUCGUCGCGAGGGCUUUCGAAUUUUGUGCCUGCUGGAUGUCGAGUGGAGCAUGUUUGUUUCGUCUCGUUCUUUUAUUUCGCCAAUCUGGAAUUCAUAGAUUUUUUUUAAAAUUCUUUAGUCGCAUUCCAUUUCAAUUUGGUGGUCACUGGAAAGGUCGAGGGCAAGCGACCAAGAGGCAUGAACCCGACCCGUUGGAUGGACCAGAUUCGUGCAGUCCUGGAUACCACAGUGCACGAUGCUCUGCACUCAGCUGCAGAUAGGAACAGAUGGCGGUGCAUUAUAAAAUACAAAAUGUUUCAAGGCCAUGACCACGACCCUCAGUAAUGAGGAAACCGACGCAAGGAGGAGGAGGAGAGUCGCAUUCCAAAUUUGUGAAGGUUAUCCUUGUGAUUGCAGCCGGGAGGGCGGGUGGCGAUAUGUGAAGCAUGCGUUAGAGCUACUAAUGGAGGUGGUGUACUGUUUGAUUCAAAAGUUCGUUGUAACCCGCGACGGCCGCUGCGUUCGCCCAUUGGUACCCGAAACUUGUGAGAAUGGGCGACAAUUCCGUCCAUCUGAAACAUCAUAACUAAUAUUUCAAAAGAUUGCCAACGAUACUCAGGUCAAAUUUCUUAUAACUUCUGUUAUUAUUUCCUGUUACUGCCCCAACGAUACUUUUGAACAAGUUUUAUUAUUUUAUGUCGAUUAUAAUAUUUCAUAAUAA